AAAUAAAGAAUCUGACAAACAUGCGAAUAAAGCUUACCACGAAUUUUAUCAUUGUUUUGUCGUGAUUAUCGUUGUAAUUUUUUUCACACAGUUGCGCGUACGUUCUUGUAAUUUUAUUGUUACGUUUUUUAUAAUAAAAUAUUUGACGUUAAUUGACGUUCGUUUUCAUUGCGGAUACUACCUUACACCAGUGCUACAUUAAUAUUAAUACAUAACCUGUUUGGUCUUUUCUUGAUCUUUGACAGUUUAUAUACGAAUGAUAUUCUGCUUUACUUAAGCGUUAAUUUGUAUGUAGAUUAUUGUAAAUUAUGUAUGAGGCUGUAAACGCCACGCGUAUCUGAUGCACAAUGAAAUUGAUGUGAUAUAAUUGUUUAUUAGAGUAUUUUAAAAAAUGUCCGCAAUUAUAGAUGACAAAGUGGUUGCCGGAGCAAAAUCAGGAAAUGCUGUCAAAGAAGAUCCUAUUGUAGCUCUGACGGUAUAUUUAUUGUUUCGAACAUGGAAUUUAUGAGAAAGUAAAUGCAUUAUAUUUUUUUCGAGAUCAUUAUUUCGAAAACCAUCCUAUUGAAGAAGCAAUUAAGAAGAAUGGCGAUGUAGAGAAAGAAAUGAAAGAUACUUUGAAUAAGUUUGAUGAAUGUAAAGGAUAUGAAAUCGAUGGAUCACGAGCAAAAUAUUAUUAUUUAAAAGGGAAAGCACUAAAUGUUACAGAACGGUUUAUAUCUCAAGCAGAGGAAUUAUUAACUAAAGCAGUGAAAUUAGAACCUAACUUAGUUGAAGCAUGGAAUGAAUUAGGAGAAUGUUAUUGGAAAAAUGAUGAUAUCCAACAAGCAAAAAAUUGUUUUGUUGGUGCUUUACGCCAUGGUAGAAAUAAAGUAUCUUUAAGAAAUUUGUCAAUGGUACUCAGACAAGAAUCAGUUUCUACUGUUGAACAACGAAUCCAAAAUAUCCAAAAAGGUGUAGAACAUGCUAAAGAAGCAGUUAGUCUUGAUACAACAGAUGGAAUUUCAUGGGCAAUUCUUGGAAAUGCAUAUUUGUCUUCCUUUUUUACAGUAGCACAAAAUCCUGCAACUUUACGUCUUUGUAUGUCAGCUUAUGUUCAAGCAGAGAAAGACAUUGUAGCAGGAAGUAAUCCUGAUUUAUUUCACAAUAAGGCAGUGGCCUUAAAAUAUCAAGAAGAAUAUUGCUUAGCAUUGAAAUCAUUUGAAAGAGCAAUGUUACUAGAUCCAUUAUGGGAAACACCACGUAACAAAAGGGAUGAAUUGUUACAAUACUUGAAGGAUGUACAAAAUUUAGUAAACAAUAAUGGAAAAGUAAAACCAAAAAGAUUGUUCCAAAUGAUACGGGCAUUGGAUGUUAAGCAUUUGGGACCAUAUAAGGGUGGCUCUUUCACGUCUGGACAGAAGACUGUAAAAUUAGAUUUAGUAUCAUUGAAAAGCUUAACUCUUGGACUAAAUCCUGAGAAAGUUGUGUUUGGAAAAGUAGUAUGUUGGAUACAAGACACAGAUUGCGUCCCUUUCGCAUUUUGUUUCGUUGACGAAGAGAAAACCUGUAUGGCUGUCACGGUAUAUAAUCUUGCUAAGGGUCGUGGAGUAACCGUUGGGGAUUCUGUUGCUAUACCUGAACCGUUCGUGAUUCAUCAAAAAUUUUCUUAUCUCGACAAUGACUUUGACUUCAAAUCUAUACGUGUUGAAACUCCGGUUAUAUUGGUUGUGAAUGGGAGGAAAUUAGGUAGAGAACAACAAGCGUCCGCAAAAUUACAUACUUUUAAGAAAACUGAUUGAGCUUAAUGCACAAAUGUUCGUACAAGGAUCUGUAGCUAACAACGAGACUAUCUUCUAUCUCAAAAUAGAAAUCAGUGUCACUGUCAAUAACCAAUGUGAUAUUUGAAUUUCGGGUUUAAGUAUUAUUAUAUAUUAUCUGCAGUAACUAAUCUUAACACAGUCAAUAUUUCUUGAGAUAGAAAAAUACACUGAUAUUGUUACGAAUUUAUCCAUAAAGAUAUCGUUCUAGUUAGAAACAAUCAAAUUUUAAAAAAACGUUUUUUACAAUUUGUUUCGUACACGUUCUAAGUAUUGUUACAUUUUAUUUAUGAUAUGUUGACAUGCAAAGAAAUUUCGAGAGCUCGUGCUAAUCGCGUCUGAUCACAUUUUGUAGAUAGGAUGUAAGAAAUAUGUAAUUAUUGUCCCUCGAAAAUGCAGUUUAAUGAUAUUGACAAUUUUAUACAUAGCAUAUCUGUAAACUUUUAUAAAAAUUAAUAAGUGCGAGUACUUUAGAUUUCUUUCGUUAUUCUGAAAAUCGGUUAAAGAAUAAUUUAUGCUUCGCAUAAUCGAAUUACGUACGAAAAUACUGAUUUUUAUAAUACACUAUGUAUUUUUCAACGGUUGUUCUUUGAAGAAUUUGUUAUGUCAAUUUCGUUGUCAGACUUACUUCACGCUAUUGUUAUUUGCAUUGUUUAAAGUUUUUCUUUCGUGAUAAAAGUCAUCUUUAAAUAAAGCAACUUUUUUUAAAAAAGUUCCAUCCGUUCCACCAACGUUCCAUCGUGCCAAUAAACUGAAUAUUAAUUUCCUUUUACGAUAAAUAUAAGUUAACUUCACUUUUAUGUAUACUCGAAUACUUACAUCGAAUCAUUCAGGAUUUUCUAAGGAUAAAAACUUAUCCUAGAGUAUAAAAUAUCGCGCAGACAAUUUAUUUUCACGCGUAUCGUUUCGUCCACCGAAAAUAGAAAUCAAAAACACGAAGAAGAAAAAAUCACGAUUCCUGUUUCCGCAUUAAUUCUCGAAGUAACUGAAGUUAUGAUCCAAGGCAAAUGUCAAGAAUAUAAAACGCAGAAACAAGAAGUCGUGAUUUUUUCAGUCAAACAUUUUUGCAAAAAUUGCUUGUGAUAUACAUAUACAUAUAUAUA